AUCCACUCUUAUGCAAAUUCUUCUACUCUAACCACUGGAGUCAGUGAGAUGCUAAAACUGAAGCCAGAUGAGGGCACCUCUCCUGUCAAAUCCUACAGUGGGACCUCACUCUGAGUAAAAGCCCAAGUCGAUGUAAAACGGCCUAAAAAGUACAGUGUGGUUUGCACACACUGCCCUCCCAUUAAUGCCUGCCCUCAGCUUGGCUGCUGUCCUAAUUUGCUUAUUCCCUCCUGCCUGGCUGGCCUCCUGCAGUUCCUGGAACUUGGAUGUCUGUACCCACUGCAGAGCUCCUGUACUUGCCCUGCACUCCUGGAACACUUCUGCCCAGGCGUCUGAGUGGCUCACCCCAUCCAGUCUUCAGCCAGAUAGCACAUGCUUGUCUAGGCUUUCUGUUAUCUAAAAUCUGAACCCACCUGAACACUUCCCAUCACCUUCCGUGCUUUUAUUGUUUCCCAUAAAACUUUGUCAUAAUCUAGCAGAGUACUUACUUAUUAUGCUUAUUGUGUGCCUCUCCUAACUAAUACAUUAUCUCCAUGAGCUGGAGACAUAUGUCUGUUUUCAUUUAUUUACUCAGUGCCAAGACCAGUGUUCAGCAGCUAUUACGUGUUCAAUAGACAUUUGCUGAAUAAACCAACGUUUAAAAAAAGCUCUUACUUGAUGCAUACAUUGCUAAACACUUCACCUGCAUUAUUCUGUGGAAUUUUCACUACCACCCUCCAAGGAAGGCCUGAAUGACAGAAUGAAGACAUGGGCUCUACAGUCAAACAUCUUGGAAUAAAUCUUCCCCCGUCAGUACUUGCCAGCUCAGAGCCGAAUGAAGGGCUUCCAGGGCAGUGGCUGAGGAGACCUUCCCGAGGGGCAACACGCAGUAGCUGCUGAGCCAUCGCACCCAGGAGAAGCCGCAGGAACAUGGCAGCCCCUGCUUGAGAGGAAUUCAACACCAACAGACUCCAUUCAGAAAGGAAUAAUGUCCAAGAAAGGGCGAAAUAAGGGCGAGAAGCCCGAGGCGCUCAUUGUCGCCCUUCAAGCUGCCAACGAAGACCUCAGGACCAAGCUCACAGACAUCCAGAUAGAGCUGCAUCAGGAGAAGUCCAAGGUAUCUAAACUCGAACGAGAGAAGACUCAAGAAGCCAAGAGGAUCCGCGAACUGGAGCAACGCAAGCACACGGUGCUGGUGACGGAACUCAAAGCCAAGCUCCACGAGGAGAAGAUGAAGGAGCUGCAGGCCGUGCGGGAGAAUCUCAUCAAGCAGCACGAGCAGGAAAUGGCCCGGACAGUGAAGGUGCGGGAUGGCGAGAUCCAGAGGCUCAAAUCAGCGCUGUGCGCGCUCCGGGACGGCAGCAGCGACAAAGUAAGGACAGCGCUCACCAUCGAGGCCCGUGAGGAGGCCCGGAAACUGUUCGAUGCCGAGCGCCUUAAGCUCUUACAGGAGAUUGCGGACCUGAAAACGGCCAAGAAGCAGGUGGACGAGGCGCUGAGCAACAUGAUCCAAGCGGAUAAAAUCAAGGCUGGGGACCUCAGGAGUGAGCAUCAGUCCCACCAGGAAGCCAUCUCCAAGAUCAAGUGGGAGUCGGAGCGGGAUAUUCGGAGGCUGAUGGAUGAGAUCAAAGCCAAGGACAGGAUCAUCUUUUCUCUGGAAAAGGAACUGGAGACCCAAACAGGCUAUGUACAGAAGCUCCAGCUCCAGAAGGAGGCUUUGGAUGAACAGCUCUUUCUGGUCAAGGAGGCUGAAUGUAACAUGAGCAGUCCGAAACGAGAAAUCCCAGGAAGGGCAGGAGACGGCUCGGAACACUGCAGCAGUCCAGAUUUGCGAAGAAAUCAAAAGAGAAUAGCUGAGUUGAACGCCACGAUAAGAAAAUUAGAAGACAGGAAUACCUUGCUUGGAGAUGAACGAAAUGAAUUGUUAAAGCGUGUGCGGGAAACCGAAAAACAAUGUAAACCUCUUCUGGAAAGGAACAAGUGCCUCGCCAAGAGAAAUGAUGAACUGAUGGUGUCUUUGCAGCGCAUGGAAGAGAAACUAAAAGCCGUUACCAAGGAAAAUUCAGAAAUGAGAGAAAAAAUCACAUCCCAUCCACCCUUGAAGAAAUUAAAAUCUCUAAAUGACCUUGAUCAAGCUAAUGAAGAACAAGAGACAGAGUUUCUAAAACUUCAGGUCAUUGAGCAACAGAACAUUAUUGAUGAGCUCACAAGGGACCGGGAAAAGCUCAUUCGUAGACGAAAGCAUAGAAGAAGUUCCAAGCCAAUUAAGAGGCCUGUUUUGGACCCAUUUAUUGGCUAUGAUGAGGACUCCAUGGAUUCAGAAACAUCAUCCAUGGCCUCAUUUAGAACAGACCGAACACCAGCUACUCCUGAUGAUGACUUGGAUGAGAGUUUGGCAGCUGAAGAAUCUGAGCUGAGAUUCCGACAAUUAACAAAAGAAUACCAGGCUCUCCAAAGAGCAUAUGCCCUCCUGCAGGAGCAGGCUGGAGGCAUCAUUGAUGCUGAAAGAGAAGCCAAGGCUCAAGAACAACUCCAGGCCGAGGUGCUACGGUAUAAAGCCAAAAUAGAAGAUCUGGAAGCGACUCUGGCUCAGAAAGGGCAGGAUUCUCACUGGGUAGAAGAUAAACAACUUUUCAUUAAGAGAAACCAGGAGCUUUUAGAAAAGAUAGAAAAACAAGAGGCAGAAAAUCACCGGCUCCAACAGGAACUACAGGAUGCCAGAGACCAGAAUGAGCUGCUGGAGUUUCGAAACCUAGAACUAGAAGAAAGAGAGAGACGAUCCCCUCCAUUUAAUCUGCAAAUUCACCCAUUCUCAGAUGGUGUGAGUGCUCUCCAGAUCUACUGUAUGAAGGAAGGUGUCAAGGAUGUGAAUAUCCCUGAUCUCAUAAAGCAGCUUGAUAUCUUGGGUGAUAAUGGGAAUUUAAGAAAUGAAGAGCAAGUGGCUAUAAUUCAGGCCAGCACUGUGCUGUCCCUGGCAGAAAAGUGGAUCCAGCAAAUUGAAGGAGCAGAGGCUGCCCUGCACCAGAAAAUGAUGGAAUUGGAAAGUGACAUGGAACAAUUCUGCAAAAUCAAAGGCUAUCUGGAGGAGGAGCUAGACUACAGGAAACAAGCCCUCGACCAAGCAUAUAUGAGAAUCCAGGAACUAGAAGCAACUUUGUACAAUGCUCUGCAGCAAGAAACUGUUAUUAAAUUUGGUGAAUUAUUAAGUGAAAAGCAGCAGGAGGAGCUGAGGACAGCAGUGGAAAAGUUACGGCGGCAGAUGCUGAGGAAGAGCAGAGAGUACGACUGUCAGAUUCUUCAGGAGAGAAUGGAGCUCUUACAGCAGGCCCAUCAGAGAAUUCGUGACUUAGAAGAUAAAACAGACAUCCAGAAAAGACAGAUAAAGGACCUAGAAGAAAAGUUUCUGUUUCUAUUCUUGUUCUUCUCUCUUGCCUUUAUUCUAUGGCCUUGAUGUCAAGGUGCCUCUUACAGAGAAACCGAAAACAUGGAUAAGACCGCAGAAAAGCAAAUACUUCUAAACCUUCAAAGAUGGCAGAAAUGUUCACAGCAGUGAAAGGGAGAUCAAAAGCUAAGACCCAUCCUGUAGCCAGGACUACACCUGUGUAUUUUAAAGCCAUUAUUCAAGGUUUCUUACUUGACAGUUCCUACAUGACCCUGUUGAAAAUCUACAAUAUAUGCUGCAUUAACGAAACCUGUAUAUGUCAAACCAGAAGGAAAGAACUAUAGACAUAUAUUGUGUGAAAGAAACAAUUCAGCAAGGGAAACAGUUUCAGCAGAUCAAGCAAAGACGUGUCUUGGGCAUGGAACCAAAGUUACAAAGAAACAUUCUACCCCUGCUGUGCAGGGGGGGUCAUUUUAAUGUAACACCACACCCCAUGGAAAUACUAGUCCUGAAAUAAACAUCAUUGAAAACAAAAAUCAAAACAAAAAGAUAAGGGGGGUGGGGAUCGAAGCACGAGGAAUACCUAUGAGGAGCUGUUUACAAUAAAAUGUUUGAUUUGAAAA